CCACAAACACAAGAAGAAGUGCCGGAGUCUCGUGAGCAUCCCGGACGUCAGGUUCAGGUGGGCGUCCUGCAGAGAUGGCUGGCCGGCGGUUGCUUCAGACCUGGCUUCCUGCUCAGCUGCUGCUCCUCGGGGUGCUGACCACGACCUCCGCGUCUGCAGUGCGUCUGGUUGCUCCCAGCACCGUCACCCUUCAGGACUUCUCCAACACCUCUGUCACAGUUUCAUCCAGCUCAGCCGUCAAGCAGCCAACGGUGAUUCACCUGAACGUGACCUACAGCUCCAAGCAGGACUAUUCCUCCAUAAUAACCCUGCCCCAACAGGUUCUGCUGCCCAAGGAGGCCACUUCAGUCAACUUCAGCGUGGCGGCCCUGGAUGUUGGUCAGGUGACCACGUACCUGCUGAGCAACAACACGGAUGCUACCAGGAUCCGCUUCGUGGUGAUCCACAGCAGCGCCCUGGCCGUGCUCAGCCAGGCCAUCGGCUGGAUCUACUUCCUGGCCUGGUCCGUGUCCUUCUACCCACAAGUCUGGGAGAACUGGAGGAGGAAGAGUGUCGUAGGUCUCAACUUCGACUUCCUGGCUCUGAACCUCACCGGCUUCAUCGCCUACAGCGUCUUCAACAUCGGCCUGUUCUGGCUGCCGUCCAUCAAGGAGGAGUUUCUGAGGAGGAACCCUGAUGGGAUCAACCCCGUGGACCCUAACGACGUCUUCUUCAGCCUCCACGCCGUCCUGCUCUGCCUGGUCUACGUCAUCCAGGCCGCCGCAUACGAGAGAGGGGGUCAGAGGGUCUCGUGGACAGCAGUCAUCUUGCUGGUGAUCGGCUGGACGUUCGCUCUGAUCAGCUUGUUUCUGGCGGUGGCCCAGAAGAUCGGCUGGCUGGACUACCUCUACUACUUCUCCUACAUCAAGCUGGCCGUCACUCUGGUCAAAUAUGUUCCACAGGCGUUCAUGAACUACAAGAGACAGAGUACGGUGGGCUGGAGUAUCGGCAACGUGCUGCUGGACUUCACCGGGGGAACCCUCAGUAUUCUGCAGAUGAUCAUCGAGUCCUACAACAACGACGAGUGGACGCUGGUCUUCGGAGAUCCCACCAAGUUCGGUCUGGGCCUGUUCUCCGUGCUCUUCGACAUCCUCUUCAUGAUCCAGCACUACUGCCUCUACAGCAAACCGGCCGAGUACCAGACUGUCCCCGAGCAGCAAGACGACUGACGCAUCCACAGACCCAGUAAACUGACCAAAGAUCUGAUAGACUGGUCCUGACCUUUGACCCCACCAUGACGGGGUCAAGGUCCCCGCGGUAUGAAUGUCUCAGGUAAAGCACUUGUCUCUUUUCUGACACGUACGAAGAUUUUGGGUGUUCAUAAAAAAACUGUAAAGACUAUAAACAUUUUAUAAGAUGCAAUUUAAAAACUGUAAUUUUAGUGCAAUCUGUCCCCCGAAUCACUUUCUGUCUGCUUUUGUUUGAUUGUUCAAAUAUCCUGAUUAAGUUUUUGCAAUAAACAUGAUGAGAAAUGC